AACUAUGAACUUUUCAAGGACAGGAGUCACAUCUCUCAUAUCCCUGCAUGUAGCUCACUAAAUAAUUAUACAUUCGUCUAUCAGAAUGAAGAGUCACGAGCCGAGGAAAGCGGAUGGUGAGGGCUGUUACUGGGGGGCUUUGGUGGUUCAGCCUUUCUGCCGGCUGCAGCCACAGCCUCCACAGCCUCCACCUUCUCGUUCUUUGUUUCGCUUUUGGCUUAUGACUCAGAGGCAGGGGAGCUGGUGCAGUGAUGGUGUCAUUUUCUCCUAAACCAGAGACCUUUGACAAACCACUUUGCCUGAUGACACCCAUCAAAACCAAGAAGGACCAGCCUAGGAGGUCUGUGCAGUCAGUGAGCCCACCCUCCCUUCCUCCCCUUCCGGGGCUCUGUGUCUGGGAGGAGGAAACACCAGCAGCUCCAACCAGGGCAGCCCUCCCGGGAAGAUGCUGCGGCUCCUGCUCCUGUGGCUCUCGCUUCUGCCUCCUGGGACAGGGACAGGCUUUUCUUACAGAGAUCAUCGGGGGCCAUGAGGCCAAGCCCCACUCCCGCCCCUACAUGGCGUUUGUUCAGUUUCUGGCUCAGAGUAAGAAGCGGUGCAGCGGUGUGCUGGUACGAGAAGACUUUGUGCUGACAGCUGCUCACUGCCUGGGAAGCUCAAUAAAUGUCACCCUGGGGGCCCACAACAUCAAGGAGCAGGAGAGGACGCAGCAGGUCAUCCCCGUGAGAAGAGCCAUCCCUCACAAGGACUACAACCCCGAGGACUACACCAACGACAUCAUGUUACUGCAGCUGGAGAGAAAGGCCAAGAAGACUAAAGCUGUGCGGCCCAUCCGCCUGCCCAGGGGCAAGGCCCGGGUGAAGCCAGGGCAGGUGUGCCGAGUGGCCGGCUGGGGACAGGUUGCCUCAGGCACUUUAGCAACCACACUGCAGGAAGUGGAGCUAACCGUGCAGCAGGACCAGGAGUGCGAGUCCCUCUUCCGCGGCUAUUACAGCAGGGCCACGGAGAUCUGUGUCGGGGACCCAAAGAAGAUGAAGACUGGUGGCAAAGGGGAUUCUGGGGGGCCUCUUGUGUGUAGCAAUGUGGCCCAGGGCAUUUUAUCCUAUGGACAAAGAAACAGGACCCCUCCAGGAGUCUUCAUCAAGGUCUCAAGCUUUCUGCCCUGGAUAAAGCGAAUAAUGAAGGGCCUCUGACAGCAGGCGUAAGACUGACCUUCCUCUGUGGUUGAGCCUCUUUCCUGGGGCAGAAGUGAGAAUCCUGUAGGGUGGGCAGUGGGGGAUGCAGCAUCGUAAUAAAUGGAUCUCCAGAGUGAAUAUGACGGAAGCCUUAUUUAUUCAUGAACUACCUUCAAUACAACUGGCAGCUGUCAAUUCUGGCUUUUGCUUCCUUCCCCGCCCCCAACCCUCCCUACUGUCUAAAGCCCAUCCAUCACACGUCGGGGGUAUUUAGUCUGCUGCCAGGGCUGGGUGUGAACACCAGUAAUGAAGGACAAUCUCUCUCCAAAAACAAAACUCUCUAAAUCAACCCCUCCCCCCCCAAAACCUGGCAGAGAAUGGAACAAGGCAGUGGAAAGAAGAUAACUCCGGGGACCAGAGGUCCAGGGAUCAUGCGUGGACACUCAGUUCAGUAUUUCCAGGGCCCCUCUGUCCAGCAGGCAGUCCUCUCCAUAGCCAGGACUGCCUACAGCUGGGAGGCUGAGAUGCACCUCCCUCUGCUGCCCCUCAGCCUGUCUCAGGUCUCAUUGCCUUCCCCUUGGCCUGGCACAGUGUUCAGUCAAGCUCCUUCCUCCAUGCUGGCCU